AUGGACUUUCACUACCUCAAAUCCCCACUCCCCUUAUCGACCUCUCGCGCCACUUUCCCGCUGACCCAUGGAUCAUCCACUCCCCGAUCCAAUGACCAACCCACCUCCGACGAGCCGUUUGCAGUCCGCCACGACACCCUGACGGACCGGAACUCGUCUGGUGCUCCUCCUUAUCGACAUCGCCAUGGCCGCGACCAUCCCACCUCGCCUGACGAGUCUCUUACGCACAUCCGCACCCGAUCUCUAGCGAAGCAAGUGGAGCUUCCGGGCUUUGAUGGAGUAAAGUCACAUCAUCGACACAAACAUAGCAAGUCGCGCGAAAUCCGACUGCCGCGCCCCAUGAGCCAUCUCGCGUCUUCGGCCAGUGCGCGUGGCCUGCUACCCACCUGGUCAGGCGGUCGGGACAAGGAGCGGGAGAGUGAUGACGGGUUAUUGAGGCCGAUUACGCGAGAGACGACCAGGUCUCGCUGGGGAUCGGAUUCUACGAGCGGUUUGGGUUCGGGGAGUCGGAGGGGUAGUCUUUUGGAUACACCAGAGCAACAUGAGCGGCUGGGUCCCAUUCGACGACAGGAGAUUCAAUCGAUGGAGGAUUUAGAGCAGGUCAAGAAGCGCCGAAAGCAAGGUGAAGAGUAUCUCCGGUCUGCGCUUUCUUCCAUAGGAACCCUUGCAACAGACCUGACCCGGCGACUGGAUUACACAUACUACAAUCUGCUGGAGAAGAUCACUGCGCUCAACUCAACUAUUGGCUCGUUCCAGGAACUCUCCGACUCGGCGUCAACUCUGCUCAACGAUUUUGAGCGGGAGACAGCAGGGCUAGAUCAGGAAAUUCGCAAGCAAAUGAAUGAUCUCAAAGGGUUCGAACCGCAGAUUCAAAAAGCGGACGCCCUGGACGAGCGCAUGAAGAAAGGCCGGCAACGAGUAGAGGAGCUGGGCAAGCGGCUCGCAGCCGUGCGACAGCAGAUUGACAGCUGGGAGGAGAGAGAGGCCGAGUGGCAGACUCGUAUUAGCCGUCGGCUGCGCAUCUUCUGGGGGAUCGUGUGCAGUGCAUUCCUAGUGUUGGUGCUAGCUCUGGUGGUGCAAAAUUGGCCAACCCUCAGCACACCCCAUCACAAUCAGGUCCCAGUCCCAACCGAGCUGGUGAAGUUGGUGAACGAGUCUAUCACUAGCUCUGCUGAUCUGCCUGAUACUUGGGAGUCAAUACUGAAUCUCCGUGACCCAGUAAGUGCAUCAGGUUCGUCCUGGUACCCAUCGAGUAUUGCAGAGCGACGGCAAAGCCUCGAGGAUGCGCAGGCUGCCACAAGUGCCCCAGCUAGUACAAGCUCUCGCGCUGAGCAAGACGAUACGGCCGUUGAACACGAUCCCUUCAGACUACUGGAUGAGCUGUAA